AUGAAUAAUGAUGGGUUGGAAGCGGAGGUAGCUCAAGAGGUGCCAUUAGUCGACCUUUUUGCCGGCGAAUCGGAUUACGAAGAUGAUGUGUACCGGGCAAACGAAGUCACUGGCGGUGAUAUACCGGCUAACGUGUCUACAUAUGUCCAGAAGGCAGCCAAGAAGGGGUACCUUUUGAGUUUAGACCACUUAUGGCACAACACAUCGGACUCUACGUAUGAGGCGCCUAGGGAGCGCAAAAAUGUUUUAUGGGACUUUCUGGUUUACCACAACCUCAGGGAGGAACGUGAAGGUCGCUACAUGGCGUCCGUGCAGCAGUUGGAAGCGGAGGCCGUGCUCGCCAUCAAGAAGGCCAAAGUAGCAAUACUGAGUGAGGUGUCUGAGGGUGACCACGAUGGUAUGUUUGCCAAUGAUGUAGCGGAAGCAUUUGAUAACCAAGUUACCAAGCUUGUUCACCGCUUUCGUCUAAACGCAAUGGAUGGGUCGCCGUUAUUUUCCAGGAUGAGUGACGACGCGGCCGAUGCUGAGCGCAAGGUUUCGAUUUACUCUUACCUAACUAAGAACGAAGAGUUUUGUAAGCUAAAAUCUAAGCUGGCUGCUAUUAGAACAGCAAAAAAGCGCCUCAUAUCGUGUUCUCUCAUUCGGCUUUUGAGUUCGGUGGAUGGGCUACGUGGCAGAGUAGUAUCUGGUAUCUUCGAGCCCAAUUCACGGGGUUUCAAAAGAGUGACGCUUACGCGAUUUUUACGGCAUCUCGACAAGAUUUCUAACCGUUCUGAAUUUGCCGGGGAGUAUAGGUUUGAUUUGCUAAAAACCUAUGUACAGAACAGGGAGGAUUUUGAGGCGUUUAUCCAACACAAUGCAACUUUUGCCGAGAACAGCGAUGACGCAGCGCAUUUUGGCGACUUUGUCAACCGAUUUACUCCAGACUACAAGGACUUGGACGUGCCGUCCUCAGCGCCGAAAACGGGCGAAGAGCAUCGUGAUAGUCCUGCAAACGAUGAUCGGGAGGAACCAAGUCCGUAUGAUCACAUGAUGGAAUUUAUGAACGCAACCCCACCAGACGAUAUUAUGAUGCCGCCAACGGAAUUCGACGAACCGAUGUACUCAGACGAAUCACACUUGCCUCCAGAUGGACCAGAAGAUCCGCCACAGGGUGCUUCGGAUGAGGUGCCGCAAGACACACAAUCGCAACUCGAUGCGCCACGUGAACAAGAUGACGCCCAACUGAAACUCCUGGAGGAGGCCCGAAAAAGAGCCGCGGAAAUUCUUAGGAAAAAACGGCUCAGCCGUGUGAACGUGUCAUCGGAAUCUGGCACAAGUUAG